UUUAAGGACGCCGUGAUAUAUUAUUUUCCUCGUUCUAUUCUGUCAUUAGCAACUCAUAAUUCGAGCUGUAUUUCCUACUUUUCUCGUUACAUUCUCUCCUACUGGUUAGGCCUCAUUCUUUCCUAGAUUCAUCGGAUCAGUAGACUUUAAACGAAAUACUUCUCGACUUAUCCACCAUGGCUAGUUUCGUUAAGCCAAACCGCCCUCUCACUUGGUUCAUCACCGGGGCCUCCUCAGGCUUUGGUGAAGCACUAUCCCGCCGCGUCCUUGCCAGCGGCCACACACUGAUAGCCACAUUCCGCAAUCCUUCCCACAACCCGGAUCUUGUUGCUGAAAUCGAGAAGCACGGGAAUGGGAGUAAGUGGCUCGUGCUUGAUGUUAAUGAUCAAAGCAGCGACAAGAUUAUGUAAGUGUUGCAGCAAAUACCUCCUUAGGUACCCCCUAUUCUGUCUACGUCCGUCACGGGACGUAAGCUUGACAUACGUCUUCUAGUGGCAUAUAGAUACUCUAUAAGUUCAAUAACUAACACAUGAUGUUACAGUGAGUCCAUAGAAGCGUCCGGGCAGAGAAUAGACGUCCUCGUGAACAACGCUGGAUGUGCAAUCGUAGGGGCCAUAGAGGUCCUUACCGAAGAGGAGGUGCGAGCCCAGAUGGAGACCGCAUACUUCGGCCCCUUAAGACUCACCCGUGCCGUUCUGCCUUACAUGCGGAAGCGCAGAUACGGCGUAAUUGUGAACAUUAGUAGCGUAGCUGCGAUGGAAGCACAUGACGCUUUGGGUGCUUACGCCGGCGCCAAAGCCGCACUUGAUGGUAUGACAAGGGUCCUCUCGAAGGAAAUUGCGCCGUUCGGAAUUCGUACCCUGACUGUGUCGCCGGGCACUUUCAAUACGAACAUUGGCAAUAACACAGUCGUCGGCAAAAAUCCUCUCCCGGAUGACUACAAAGGGUCAGUGACAGACCAGACCAUGCAGGUUAUCGCUGGCCGCAUGUUCCAAGCAAAAGGUGACCCGGAAAAGGCAAUGAAGGCUGUCUAUGAAGUAGUUGUAGGGGAGGGCAUUGGCAAAGGGCACGAAACGGAGCCACUUCUUCCACUGGGCCAGGAAACGGUGGCUCUUGCAAAGACGGCGCAAGAUCACAUUGCCCAUGCUUUGGAAGUCUUUGGUGAUGUAUGCAAUAGCGUCACCCUGGACAAGAAAUAGAAGUUGCACAUACUUGUAAAUAGAGCUAUAGUACGAAGUAGGCUGGCACCUAUUUCUUCGUUCUAUGUUGCUCAUCCAUAGCUAAGACUUAGUAAAAGAUAGCCAUAGAGAAUACUUUUGACAUGUUAAGUGUUUCUCUCCGUUGUAUGAAGAUUGGACUAUGAAUUCAGGGGUAGGCAAACUGUUGUAACAACAAGUAAAAGGAAAGGGGACAAGAAAAG